CCGGAGAGGCGGUGGCGGCGCAUGCGCGGGCGGCCCGUGCGGUCCCGGCCCGGUCCCGGCGGUCCCGGCGCGGUGCGGAGGGGACGGAGCGGCGGCCGCAGCGGCCGCGGACCGAGCACGAGCGCACCGGCCCCGGCCCGGCGAGGGCUGCGGCGUGGGACGCCGGUGCCUGCCGCCACCUCCCCGGCAGCGUCGGUGCGAGGAGCCAGGCUGGACGACCUCUCCGCGCCCCGGCAGCGCCGGCGGGACGGGGCAGAGACACGCGCCCGAGGGUUUUGUUCACCGUUGGGCCUUGAUUAGCAGCUCGGCGGCCGGACAAUUAAAAUGCAGCGCUGGGGCAUGGCCGUCAAUGUGUACUCGACGUCGGUGACCAGCGAGAACCUGAGCCGGCACGACAUGCUCGCCUGGGUCAACGACUCCCUCCAGCUCAACUACACCAAGAUCGAGCAGCUCUGCUCAGGGGCUGCCUAUUGCCAGUUCAUGGACAUGCUGUUCCCCGGCUGCAUCCACCUGCGGAAGGUGAAGUUCCAGGCGAAGCUGGAGCACGAGUACAUCCACAACUUCAAGGUGCUGCAGGCCGCCUUCAAGAAGAUGGGAGUGGAUAAAAUCAUCGCGGUGGAGAGGCUGGUGAAGGGCAAAUUCCAGGACAACUUUGAGUUCAUCCAGUGGUUUAAGAAGUUCUUCGACGCCAACUACGACGGGAAGGAGUACAACCCGCUGAUGGCGCGGCAGGGCCAGGACGUCGCGCCCCCCCCAAACCCAGGUGAUCACAUCUUCAACAAACCCAAGAAACCCAUUGGCACUGCAGUCCCCCAGAGGACCUCUCCCACCGGCCCCAAGAACACGCCGAACCCGGCCCGCCUCAGCAACGUCCCCAGCAGCAUCCUCCGGAAAAACUCCCCCGCGGCCCGCAACGGGGGCACCGAGGCCGACGCGCAGAUCCUGGAGCUCAACCAGCAGCUGAUGGACCUGAAGCUGACGGUGGACGGGCUGGAGAAGGAGCGGGAUUUCUACUUCAGCAAACUGCGGGACAUCGAGCUGAUCUGUCAGGAGCACGAGAACGAGAACAGCCCCAUCAUCACCGGCAUCGUUAGCGUCCUCUACGCCACGGAGGAGGGCUUCGCCCCACCAGAGGACGACGAGCUGGAGGAGCAGCAGCCAGAAGACCAGGACGAGUACUAGCCCCGGCACGCUCCCGCGCCCCGCGCCGCCCCGCGCCGUUCCCACACCAUAGACAUUCCAGGUCUGAGCCUGCGCGCCUCGCCCCGCACUGUCACGCGCCAUCACGGCCUCCGGCGGCCGAGCCCGCGGCGUCCAGCAGCUCCGGUGGGAAGCCACUGGCUCCCUAAUAAAUAGAUGUCCAUCCA